AUGGAAGACACUGAAAACUCGUCGGAAGCCGAAUCAAUUGACCCGUUGCAGUUUGAGGUAGACGAGAGAUACUUUGAGAAUGCGGAGCUGGAGUCUUAUGAUGUCUACCCGACGGGAUGGACCAUUGCCAAGGAGGUUUUGGAGGACUUUUCGCACCGCCUCGUCUACUUCUACGUGCCCUUCAACUCCAAAUUAUUCUAUUUCUGGUCCUUUCUGGUGUCGAUCGGAGUACUGUACAAUGCAUUUGCAAUGGUUAUAUUCAUAUUCGCCGACGUGAAAUCUCAAUACUUUUGGAAUUGGGUAUUCCUUCCAUCCCCUACCUCCAACUACAGUAAUCCUACAGUAAUCCGUCUCAUCGAUUUCGUGCAACGUACCCAACAACGGACCACCUUUCCACGUCUAUUCAAAAUAGUGUUGUUGGCAGUGUCAUGUAUUGUUUUAUUCCACUGGAAUGCCUGUUUAUACUUCCUUUUUUCGAUUUACGAGGGUAUUACAGAAGAGUCGCAGACAGAGUUCGGAUUCUCGUAUUAUAAGGUGUUCGAGCCGGUUUUUCCGGUUUGUGAGGCCUACUACGGCAACGAUUGUUGGUAUAAUGAAGACAUAGAUCACACACUGGAUUUAGACGAUGUUCGAGAUUCUUAUAAAAUGGAUUUAGUGAAUUAUUGGAAGAAUAAACACUACCGCUGGUCGACAGGAAACUUCAGUCGGGAGUAUAGUAUGUCUGUGUAUUGGUCAGCACUGACUAUCACAACGUGCGGACAACAACCAUGGCCAUCGACAAGUUCUCAAAAUUCACUGGAGAUCUGUGAUACACUGAUAGGAGUGUUGGUGUUCGCCACGAUUAUUGGAAGCGUCGGUUCCGUGGUCACCCAAAUGAGUCAAACCGUCAAUGAAUUCCGUCAAAUGAUGGAUGGUAUCAAGUUUUAUAUGAAAUACAGAGAAGUGAACUCGGCUAUCCAGGAGAGAGCAUUGGGUUGUUUUAUGUAUCUGAUGGCGCAUAAUCAGUUGGAUGAUGAGGAGUGUAUCUUGUCCCUCCUCCCACCACGUCUCCAAGCCAACAUCGCGGCGAAUCUCCACAUGGAAACCCUCCAAAAAGUGGAGAUAUUCGCAAUGUGUGACUCCAGAUUCAUGCAUGAAGUGGUCCUUCUGGUAAAGCAACAAGUCUUCUCCCCGAAUGACUAUCUGUGUCGGAAAAAUGAAAAAGCGAAGGAGAUGUUUAUAAUCAAACAGGGUAAACUUCGAGUGAUAGAUGAUGACACUGGCAAAGAAUUGCAUGAACUCAAUGAGGGAGCAACAUUCGGAGAGUUGUCUAUCGUUCAUGUCAAGGGAAAUCUACUUGGAACAAGACGGUGUGUUUCCUUGCAAUCCGUCGGCUAUUCGGAUGUUUAUGUGUUGUAUCGCGAUGAUGUAUCACGGCUAUUGUUGGAGUUCCCACAGGAGUAUCGCACUGUUAUAGCGAAUGCCCGCAACAUGCUACACUCGAGAGGACUUCUGGAAACGACAGAGCUCGGUGAGAUGUGCGAUCCGGAGGAUCAUGAGGAGGCGGAGGAUAUGAUUCUCGAAGAAAUGUCGGUGGUGGAACAACUGACUCGUCUCACUGGAAUCAUAGAUGAUUUGAAUGCCAAUUUGAGUGAGAUGAUUGUCUCGUUUUCGGUGGGUAAUUAG